AUGACACUGGAAAAUGAGGAGAAGAAGCGUCACCAGGAGCUGCAGGCUAAGAGGAGAGCAGAAGAGGAGCAGGAGAGGACUCUCAAGAUGGCUGAGGCCCGACUAGCAAUGGAGGAAGAACAGGAGAGGACUCACAAGAUGGCUGAGGCCCGACUAGCAAUGGAGGAAGAACAGGAGAGGACUCGCAAGAUGGCUGAGGCCCGACUAGCAAUGGAGAAAGAACAGGAGAGGACUCACAAGAUGGCUGAGGCCCGACUAGCAAUGGAGGAAGAACAGGAGAGGACUCGCAAGAUGGCUGAGGCCCGACUAGCAAUGGAGGAAGAACAGGAGAGGACUCGCAAGAUGGCUGAGGCCCGACUAGCAAUGGAGAAAGAACAGGAGAGGACUCGCAAGAUGGCUGAGGCCCGACUAGCAAUGGAGGAAGAACAGGAGAGGACUCGCAAGAUGGCUGAGGCCCGACUAGCAAUGGAGGAAGAACAGGAGAGGACUCGCAAGAUGGCUGAGGCCCGACUAGCAAUGGAGGAAGAACAGGAGAGGACUCAGAGGACUCACAAGAUGGCUGAGGCCCGACUAGCAAUGGAGGAAGAACAGGAGAGGACUCGCAAGAUGGCUGAGGCCCGACUAGCAAUGGAGGAAGAACAGGAGAGGACUCGCAAGAUGGCUGAGGCCCGACUAGCAAUGGAGGAAGAACAGGAGAGGACUCGCAAGAUGGCUGAGGCCCGACUAGCAAUGGAGGAAGAACAGGAGAGGACUCGCAAGAUGGCUGAGGCCCGACUAGCAAUGGAGGAAGAACAGGAGAGGACUCGCAAGAUGGCUGAGGCCCGACUAGCAAUGGAGGAAGAACAGGAGAGGACUCGCAAGAUGGCUGAGGCCCGACUAGCAAUGGAGGAAGAACAGGAGAGGACUCACAAGAUGGCUGAGGCCCGACUAGCAAUGGAGGAAGAACAGGAGAGGACUCACAAGAUGGCUGAGGCCCGACUAGCAAUGGAGGAAGAACAGGAGAGGACUCGCAAGAUGGCUGAGGCCCGACUAGCAAUGGAGGAAGAACAGGAGAGAGAGAGACGAGAUGCUGCUGAAAGGGAUCGAGUAAAGAGGGAACAAACCUUUGCUCUUCAGAGAGAAGUGGACAGAGCUGAGAGAGAGGGGAAAGAGUUGAGUGAGAAGGGGGAGCAGGAGGAGAGGAGAGGAGGAGGAGGUUGGCUGGAUGUCCUUUGAAUGGUGGACCAUUCUUGAUACACACGGGAAACGGUUGAGUAUGAAAAACCCCAGAAGCGUUGAAGUUCUUGACACCAACCGGUGCACCUGUCACCUACUGUCACCUACUGCCACCUACUACCACCUACUACCACACCCCGUUCAGAGGCACUUACAUGUUUUGUUUUGCCCGUUCACUCUGAAUGGCACACACACACAAUCCAUGUCUCAAUUGUCUCACGACUUUCAAAUCUUUCAUUAACCCGUCUCCUCCCCUUCAUCUACACUGGUUUGGAUUUAACAAGU